CCGUUCUUUUUAGGUUGGACCUGCUGCUGGGUGACCAUCUAUUCCAUUGGGGAAGCGGAAUUAUUGCUUGGGCGGGCUUUUUGUUGCUGUGGAUCUAAUUUUGGAGCAGAUAUAUUUAGUUAACCCCUGUAUUCAAGGGUUUAUUGUAUUUAUUUAUUGACCAAGAUGGGCUGCGCUGGAUUCACCUGCUCUAAACACUCCCUGUGCGCACUCAACAUCCUCUAUGUGAUGGUGAGUCUGCUGAUGAUAGGCAUCGCAGCAUGGGGGAAGUGGUUCGGUCUGGUGUCCAGUUUCCAGGUGGUGGGAGGCGUCAUUGGUGUUGGAGUUUUCCUCUUCUUCGUGGCCCUGGCAGGCCUCAUCGGGGCCAUGAAGCACCACCAGGUCCUGCUCUUCUUCUAUAUGAUCAUCCUGUUCAUGGUGUUUAUCGUGCAGUUCUCUGUCUCCAGUGCCUGUUUGGCCAUCAACAGAGAGCAACAGGAUCACCUGCUGGAGGUCGGCUGGAAUAACUCCCAGAGCACCCAGAGAGAUGUGGAGAAGAGCCUCAACUGCUGCGGCUUCAAACAGGUUGACCCCAACACCACCUGUGAUGCUGCCUGUUUUCCCAACCAUUCCUGUUUGCCAUGUGCAGGUAAGAUCCAGGAACAUGCUGGAGAGGUUCUCCGCUUUGUAGGAGGAAUCGGACUCUUUUUCAGCUUCACAGAGAUUCUUGGAGUGUGGCUCACGUAUCACUACAGGAACCAGAAGGAUCCCCGAGCGAACCCCAGUGCUUUCCUGUGAGACAACACCAGCUUCGGCCCUCUCUCAGCCCCCUGCACCUCAUCACCUCUACAGAUCUUCUCUGGGCUUUAAAGGGGACCUGUUAUGCUCAUUUCCAGCUCUAUAUUUUUAUUCUGGGACUCCACUAGUGUAGCUGUGCAUGAUUCACAGUUAAAAA